AUGCAGUAUAAAUUGCCUGUAGUAGAUGUCUUCAAACAAAGUUACUGCCUGUUCAUUUGUCGAUGUCUUUCUCGAAACCGUUUAGCGGUGAUGAAUCGAGUUCUCAACUGGAUCAAAACUAGAGCCGAUCACAAUGUAGUGUCAUACUCGAGGUUUGGAUUACCAGGCGAUGAAUUAGACGAUCGCCCUCCUCCAACAACCAUUCAUGUCGCUCCGUUUCGUGAAGAUAGUCCGGAAUUCAUGGCAUUUGGAACACAUGCACAACGAGCUGCAGUGAUAUCAGCUGGUGUUGGUCUUUCAUUGGUAAUCUUCAUAUUUUUGUCGGUUUUCUUCGAAUUUGAUUGGUAUCACCAUGAAAAAGGCGUUGAUAUUGGGGCACUGAUUGGUCUUCUACUAUUCCUACUCGUUGGUAUGUCCAUUCACUGGCAUGUUGUUCGGGGAAUAAAGCUUAAGCAACCGCGAUAUCUUGUCCCCUUCAUUAUUAUAUAUACUAUGACACUAGUUGUUGAGGCAAUUUUCUUCGUAUUUGUGGUUAAUCACAUUGUUGUGCUUAGUUAUUUGAAGACGAUGCCUCCACAGAGUUCUUCGGGCUAUAUACUGGUUACAGCUAUGUUUAUUUUUGCUAUGGGAGUUCAGGCGGUCAUGCUGACAUCUGUAAUAAGGUGUCGGAAUUACCUUGAAAAGCUACAGAUCCACGAUUUGGAGAUGCGCGUUGCUGAGAAAAGUAAACUACAACAUCCUGGAAUACUAAUAGUAUUUGGUCCUGGCAAUCCAAGCGCGUCCAAUGGCUCGACAACGCUGAAUAUAGUCAACGUACCAGACGCUCCUCCAUCGUACGAGCAUGCUACUCAGGCAGCAAAUGGAACCGCUCAAUCAGCACCUGCGCAACCACCGCAGCGCACGGUGCUGCAAGCCGAAGAUGGGAUACUUUAA